AUGGUCGCCCUCGCACUCCCUCGCCGCAACAAAGAGUCUGCCUCGCGGCCCAGCACCCCUCUGACGGACUCGCCCCCGAGCACCGCCCACCAUGUCCAGUCAGCUAGCCUCGACCCUGAGCUGGCGGCCAAGCAGCCCAAGCGCUCCUCGAGCUUCGGCAAGGGCCUCGGCCUGGCCUCGCUCACCAACAGCAUGUCGCGCGCCGGCGAUGUCAUGCAUGGCUUCGGCAGGAACCGAAGCGGCGCCUCUACCCCUAGCUCCCCCGCCCUGGCCAGCCCCGCCUCCGAGACUGUCAAUGGUGCGGCUUCGAUUCUCGGAGGACCGCCUUCCGCUUCCAUGGGACCGCCCGCUACCCCGGACCCCUCGCACCUCACUCAAUUCUCUUUGAAGCUGAGCGACCUUGUCAACAAGGCGUUUGUUCCCUGCGCUUCCGGUGCUGCACCCUCGCAGGUCCCCGGCAUGGCUGCCGGUAUGGCAGGGGCGGCCAAAAGCGCUGCAAGCGGUCACGGCGCCUUUCACGGCGUGCCCAAGAUCCAGAACAUUGCCUACGAGGGCAAGAGGCUGCCGGACAAGGUCAAAAUCCUCGAGAUUGCCCACACCGUGGUCGGCGAGCUUCGCUACGCCGAGAGCGUCGACCCUUACCUGCUGCGAGCCGUGUCGCGCCAGAUCCUCAAGGCCUUGACCCUGUUCGCCGCCCGCAUCGACUCGCUGCUCGUCUCGCCCACCAAGGACCCUCAGGCCCUCCGGAUCCCGACCAACCCCAAGGAGGGCACGCAUCUUCCGCCGGCACUCGAGUUCAACAUCGGCCUGGUGACGCUCGAGUGGAUCGUCGAAGACAGCCUGGAGAGGUGCAUCGAGGGCGAUCGCGAUGCCCAGGGCGAGCUCAUCGCCGACGAGCACGGGAAUGUCCUCGCCGGCAUGCCUCACUUCGUCUCCGAGAUCCUCACUCCCGUCCGCAAGAAGAUGGAGGGCACCAUCCUCCACGUCAUCCAGCCCCUGCUCGCCCAGACCAAGGCCAGUCUGACCCGCUGCAUCUCGGCUGCGGUGCCUUCGCCGUUCGUCAAUCCCAUCAACCUGUCGCCCUCGCUGACGCCCGGCGCGUCGGCCAGCAUGAACGAGAUCCCGGGCGCUGCGCCUGCGACGGUGCCUGGAAACGCCUCGCCGCCUCAGAAGGCCGCGGAUGUUGCAGCGUCUGGGCCCAUCGCUUCUGACGGCCUCAGCUCAGCCUGGCUCCGCGAGCUCGAGGCUCGUCUGGAGGGCAUCCGCCGUAUGCUCGUGCCCAGGAUCGAAGAGAGGUGCGGACAGGAUGGCGAGGGCUGGUUCAUCUCGGUCGCCAUCCACGUCAUCUGGAAGGGCCUCCUGAUCCUGACCUCGAGGUCGGUCGCCUUGCCUUCGAGCGACACGACGGCGAGCUUCGCGCUGGGUUCCGUCAUCCAGCAGGUGACGAGCGACAGCCAGAAGCGCACACCGAGCCCGGCUCAGCUCACUCAGGCGCUCAAGUCUGUAGGAAUGGGCGUGACCAAGCCAAAGGCGCCCAAGGACGGCUCGGGCUCGGUGCCCGAGUCCGGCCGACAGACCCCGUCGCAGCUGGGUGCCCCGCUCUCGUCGGACCAUGCCAAGCUGCCGCCCAUCUCUCAGGUCAGCCGCAAGCACGUGGCUCACCAGAUUGCGGAACUCCAGGCUUUUGAGAAGCUCCUGGUCCGCUUCUGUGAGGGCUUUCUGCGAAAGAGCACGGGUACCCAGAAGAAGGCCAAGCUGCACCGGCGCGCCAAGCUGCCCUUCUUCGCCUCGCAGAACCAGAGCACGGACCUGAGCCUGGAUCUCGACGACUAUAACCCGGACGACGAGGACGAGCUGGCUCGAGCCGCGCUGGCCGAGGCGAUGCAUGCCCUCAAGAGCACCAUCAUCGUGCUGCAGACGACCGAAAAGGAGCCCAGGGCGAUCUGCGCCGCCCUCGAGCAGAUGGCUGGCGGCGACGCCGAUGAAGGCAGUGGCGACUACGCGCCUUCGUUGACUUCGGAGGCGGCGCGUGCGCUCGAUGCGAUCCCAAACCUGCCGCUGGCUCAACUCCUCUACAACCGCCUACCACUCGGCAUCGGCCGCUUGGAGCUGCCGACGCCGCCGGCCAUCUUUGGCUACACCUGGUCCGAGUACGAGCGCGCCAUCGCCGGCUUUGCCGGUGGCCAGACCUGGGCUCAGGCUCUGGCCGUCCGGAUGAAGCCCGAGGUCGAGGCUGCCUGGCCCGUCAUCGCCCGCCGCGAGGCCGAGCGCAUUGCAAGCUUGGAGAAAGUAGCGAAGCAGGCCGGCACGUCCGUCCGGCUGCCGUUCGACUCGCGCCGGCCUGAUGCUGCGGCAACGGGGAGGGGCCUGCCUCGCAGCCGCAGCGGUGCAAGGGCGUCGACCCUUGCCGUCAGCACUCUGCCGCCGGCGGCGAGCAGCAGCACCGAUCCCUCGGAUGCCGAGAGCGACACCUCGGUCCAGAUUGAUGAGACCAUGACCCAGUCGGUCCCCAACCUCGACCACAAGUCGAGCGACCUCGGCGCCACCCAUGGGUCGAACAAGCCCGCGCGGUCUUCCGACACCGACCUCAGCUCGUCGAAGACGCCGAGCCCAUCGGAUGAGGCUGUUCGUUUCCGUGACGCCAGCGGCGCCACCUCUGCUGGGCUGGCAGCAGGUGGCGACGACACCGUGGGCGGUGUGACCGCAUCGCCACCGCCGAUGUCGCCUAACGUGCUCGCCGGCGACGUCGCCGGCAAGGUCGCUUCCGCGGGUGAGGUCAAGGCGAGCGUGCCGCCCAAGUUUUGGCGGAGGAGCAGCUCCAACAGCAAGAGCGGGUUCCACCUCGCCCUUUCGAGCCUCUCGCGUUCGUCGUCGCCCAAGCCACGCGGCCGCGCGACGUCGGGCGGCUCUUCGACCGGCUCAGCCUCGGACAAUGGCCAGUCCAUCUCUUCGAACUCCGCCAUCGCUACCGGCACCGGUGCCGGCACCGGCACAGCGACUGCCAACGCCGCGGGCGCCGCCGCCGCCGCUGCAGGAAGCGGCGUGCAUGGCAUCGGCGGCGCGGCGGGGUUCGGCACGGAUCGGUCGGCUUCGGUAUCGUCGCAGCGCACCGACGCCUCUGCCGACGAGGCCGACGACCUGGCACGCAGCAUCGAUGCCGUCAGGAGGGAGGCCGAGCUGGAGCGCAAGUCGCUCACCGUGUUUGCGCGUGCCCUCGAAUACGUCAGCCAGGGCCAGGUCGCCAUUGUCCUCGACCCGCAGCAGCAGUUGCAGCAGCGGUAG